AUGGCGCUUGUUAGCUGCUCACAAAGGACGAUAGCAAAGUACGAGGAGGAACUUUCUCCAACCAAAUACGAGAAGGAGCGACAACAUCAACAACUGAACGCUGUUUUCAAGAAACAUCAAGUUGUGCUACACAGAACAGAGGAAGAGGAGGAACCACAGCUCCCCCACAUUAAAGAGGAAGAGGAGGAACUGUGCAUCACCCAGGAGGGAGAGUGUCUUCUAGGGCAGGAGGAGGCUGAUUUCAGCAAGUUUCUUCUCUCUGUGAAGACUGAAGAGCAUGAAGACAAACCACCUGAGUCCUCACAGCUUCUUCACAGUCCAAGUUGUGGGCCCAAAGAAGAGUUCACGAGUCCAUGGAACCGUUUGUGUUUUGACGGAGACGAAAACAAUUAUGGAUACUGGGAAACCAAAUUUCUGGCGUAUCUGCAUCUCCUGGACUUAAAAAGCACCAUACUGGGCGAACCGCCCGGUAAAGACGAUGAUAGUGUGGAGGAAGAUGGAAACAAAAAUGAAGAGGCGUACGCCGUUCUAAUUCAGCUGUUGGACGAUAAAAGUUUGUCCCUCGUAAUGAGAGAUGCAACAGAUGAUGGCAGGAAGGCUCUGCAAAUCUUGAGAGACCAUUACGCUGGCAAGGACAAGCCAUGUGUGGUUAGUUUGUACACCGAAUUGACAUCGCUUCAAAAAGGAGUGAGCGAGAGCGUGGCUGAUUACAUCAUCCGCGCAGAGACCGCUAUCACGGCACUGCGGAACGCAGGACAGACUUUAAGUGACGGCCUACUCGCCGCGGUUUUAUUAAAGGGCCUGCCUGAUGUUUUCAAACCGUUCUCUGUCCACGUGACACAGAGGGAUGGCAAUUUAACAUUUGCAGAGCUUAAAACCAAGCUCAGGAGCUACGAGAGUGCUGAAAAUGUUGGUGCUGUCGACUCUGGAGAGGACAGGAGGGUGAAAGUGGAAGAGGAGGACCACACGUUGGCAUGCAAGCCAGGUUUUGAGCCCCAGAGUCUGGCUGGUGGAGUGACGGACAGCGGGACCUUGAACCUGAAUGAGGCGCUGAACGUCCAAUCAUUUUCCAAGGACAUCUUCACGGUCAGAGCUGAGACUGCGCAAGAAGCGACAGUCCUCUUCAUAGAAGGACAGAACUGUCUCACCCCCAAAAAUGACGUCCAGCAGCUGAUUGGUCAUCAAGAAAAACCUCCUCAAUUGCUGGAGUGGAGCUCCACACUGAAGCAGGAGGAUCCACAGCCCCCCCACAUUAAAGAGGAAAAGGAGGAACUGUGGAUACCUCAGGAAGGAGAGUGCCUUCUCGGGCAGGAGGAGGCUGAUCCACUGACUGUUGUCUCUGUGAAGACUGAAGACCAUGAAGACAAAACACCUGAGUCCUCACAGCUUCAUCACAGUCCAACAGACGUCUGUCAAGAACAUUUUCGACCGGAGCAGGAGUGGAGCUCCAGGGUGGAGCUAAAGAAGCUACCACCCCCCAAAAUUAAAGAAGAGGAGGAGCCACAGCCCCUUUAUAUCAAAGAGGAAGAGGAGGAACAAAGCAUCAGUCAGCACGGAGCCCUUUUUGAAGGACUGGAGGUUGGCGGGAUUGUGAAGAGUGAAGGGCUCCUGUUUGUCGGCUCACAAAGCUGUUUUGGCCAGUUCCUUAUCCUUUUUGAAGAAGCAGCUGCACUCCUUUCUGGGCGAGAGGGGCUGUUAUCGCUCUACACGUCAGUAAAGCCGCAAGAGUGGACCUCUAGGAUGGAGCAAGAGGAGCCACAAUCCUUCCACUUCAAAGAAGAGGAGGCGCACCAGCCCCUCUACAUUAAAGAGGAGGAGGAGGAACACAGCAUCGGCCAGGAGGGAGAGCAGCUUGAACGGUUGGAGGAGUUUCCAGUGAUUGAUGUCAUUGUGAAGAGUGAAGAUGACGAGGUCAAAGGUGAAAGUGAGGAGAAGAAAGAGGCGGAGCCUUCAAGCAGCAGCUCAACACAACAUAUGACAACAGCAGCUGACGGAGACCACUGUGGAGGAUCACAAGCAGACAAGCUCUUAGCUCCACUAUCAGAUAGUGAGGACACAACGUCACACUCUCCUGACACUGAUGAUGAAGACUCUAAAGAAGAUAAGACAUGUCACACUGACAACAACCACUUGAAAUGUUCCCACUGUGACAAAACAUUUGCUCACCAUUGUCAUCUGAAAAUACACACGAGAACGCACACCGGAGAAAAGCCAUACAUGUGCACAGUUUGUAGUAAACAAUUCUCCCGGAAGGAAAGCUUGAUAAUACACACCAGAAUACACACCGGAGAGAAACCUUUCAUCUGUUCAGUCUGCGGUAAAGGUUUUAUACAAAAUAGUGAUUUGAGAAAACAUACAAGAAUACACAUUGGCGUGAAACCCUUUUCCUGUUCGAUCUGUGAUAAAAGUUUUACCCAAAAAGAUACCCUGAAAACCCACAUGAGAGUGCACACCGGGGAAAAGCCAUUCAUGUGCUCGGUUUGCAGCAAAAGAUUCUCCUGGAAAGAAACGCUGAAAAAACAUACACGAAUACACACCGGAGAAAAACCGUUCUGCUGUUUAAUCUGUGGUGAAGGUUUUAUACAAAGCAGCGAUUUGAAAGUACACAUGAGAAGACACACCGGAGAGAAACUGUUUUCAUGCGCAAUCUGUGGGGAAGGCUUUGUACACAGUCAAAGUUUGAAAGUGCACAUGAGAAGACACACCGGUGAAAAACCUUAUUCCUGUUCGAGCUGCAACAAAAGCUUUUGUGACCGAUCAACACUCGUAAUGCACAUGAGAACGCACACUGGCGAAAGACCUUAUUCCUGUUCAAUUUGCGGCAAAGGUUUCGCGCGAAAUACUUUCUUGACUGUGCACAUGAGAACCCACACUGGUGAAAAACCACAUUCCUGUACAAGCUGCGACAAAAGCUUUUGUGAAAGGUCAACACUGGUGAAACACAUGAGAACACACACCGGUGAAAAAGUGUACAGUUGCAGUGUGUGUGAUAAGAGAUUCUCAUAUAAAUACCAGAUUAACAAACACAAAUGUGUUGGCGAGAACAUCAGCAGCUGCGGGACUUCUAAAUAAUGGAAUAGAAAGUAUUCUGUCAAUAAACUGUCAAUACUUUAAUGACUUGCUUGCAACAUAACAGAAGCUGAUGGAAACCACCGUGGAUCAUGUAACAAUGUUAAAAUACUUGUAGUGUUUAAAUGCUAUACAAAUAGUUUAAUAUAAAAUAUUUAAAAGAUUCACGGCAAAGUGUCAGUCCAUCGUAUUACAUUAAAAUGAAAACAUUGUGAAACAUUUGUUUUAACAUUUUAUUUGUUUGGACAACUUUCUGUGACGCAAUCGAGUUUGUUCCCUAGUACAGUGGUUCUCAAAUGGGGGUACGCGCACCCCUGGGGGUGCUUGAAGGUAUGCCAAGGGGUACGUGCGAUUUUUAAUAAAUAUUCUAAAAAUAGCAACAAUUCAAAAAUUAUUUAUAAAUAUAUUUAUUGAAUAAUACUCCAACAAAAUAUGAAUGUAAGUUCAUAAAUUGUGAAAAGAAAUGCAACAAUGCAAUAUUUAGUGUUGACAGCUAGAUUUUUUGUGGACAUGUUCCAUAAAUAUUGAUGUUAAAGAUUUCUUUUUUUGUGAAGAAAUGUUUAGAAACCAGAUGUAUUUCUAUUACAAUCCCCAAAGAGGGCACUUUAAGUUAAUGAUUACUUCUAUCUGUAGAAAUCUUUAUUUAUAAUUGAAUCAUUUGUUUAUUUUUCAACACGUUUUUAGUUAUUUUUUGUAUAUCUUUUUUCCCCCAAAUAGUUCAAGAAAGACCACUACAAAUGAGCAAUAUUUUUGCACUGUUAUACAAUUUAAUAAAUCAGAAACUGAAAACAUAGUGCUGUAUUUUACUUCUUUAUCUCUUUUUUUUCCACCAAAAAUGCUUUGCUCUGAUUAGGGGGUACUUGAAUUAAAAAAAUGUUCACAGGGGGUACAUCACUGAAAAAAGGUUGAGAACCACUGCCCUAGUGUAUGAGUAGUGUUAGAGAGCAGAACUAAACACAAAGAAAGGACAAUAGAUGGCAUUAGUGUGUGUUCUUUUUUUGUUGCUAUGCCUUAAUUUUGAGCAAAUAAACUAACGUCAUGUUAAGUCUUAGUGAUAAAUAUUGUGAUUGUUGGUCCAAUCCAACGUAUUUUUGUUGUCGAUUUUCUUAACAGAAACUAGAAGCUUAGUUGUUGUGCAGGAAAGAAAGCCUUAAGUCAGGGGUCAGGAAGCUUUUUGGCUGAGAGAGCAAUGAAAGCCAAAUAUUUCAAAAUGUAUUUCCGUGAGAGCCAUAUCACAUUUUCUAAAACUGAAUACAACUAAAUGCGUGCAUUUUUAAGUAAGACCAACAUUUUUAGAGUAUAGUAAGUCUCUUAUUCUUUUUAAUAACAUUGUUAUUCUGAAGCUAACCAAUAAUAAAUCAAAUGUCAUGUCUGUU